AUCUGAAUGUAUAAGACAUUCAUGAAGACUGUCUCCAUGUGGAUGCAUACAUCCACAUUUUAUAAUGGGAAGUCAAUGGGUGAAAAUUUUGCUAAAUUGCUGUAUGCUUUUUUUGGUGUAUUUUAGCAGCUCCUGCAACCUGAACUGCACACACCAACUUCAAGCAUAUAACUUUGCACGAAUUGUUUAGUAAAACAGCACCUUAUUCUUUAUUUAUAUCCCACCUUUUUUCUUCAAGAAGGUCAAGGUGGUAUACAUGGUUCUCCCUCUCCUCAUUUGAUCACCACAACAACCUUCUGAGGUAGGUUAGACUGAGAGGCACCAUCUGGCCCAAGAUCACCCAGUGAGCCUCAUGGCAGAGCAGGGAUUUGAACCCUGGCCUCUGAGCUCGUAGUCCAAAAGUCUUAGCGACUAAUAAUAUAUAGAUCUAAUCCAUUCAGCACUGAUGAACUUGCAUUCAUUGCUGAUGACGCGACAACUUUUUGCUGGAACCAGCUUAUUUAUCUUCAACAAGGCUCAGCAGAAACAAGUACCGUAGGAGUGUUUAACAAACAAGAAACCCUUGAAACUACUUCAAUCUAAGCAGUAAUCAUAUGGGUUGUAUCUCUGACACUCUCCUUGUUUAACAUUCAGUGACAGCACAUUCUGCUAGUCAGUAAAGUUCCAAACAGCAGCGAAGUUCCAAAUGAUGAGGAAGUAAAAAUGCAAUGCUGAAUUGCAAGAAUAAGACAUGUAGUAAGUUUAAAAAUAGCUUUUCUUUUAUGAUUCAUUGCCAUUUUGAGACACAAUAUCUUCACAUUUUUGCAGAAAUCUGAUAAAACAAGAUUUUACGUAUUUACGAAAUAAGUGGUGCCAUUAGUCAUUACUCAGUGGGAGUAGUUAAACUUAGAUCCAGAUAUUAUGGUUAAAAUGAGUUGGGGUAGUUCUGUGUUGUGCCAACUCAUUUCAUCCCUUUGUGGGUUUCUUCACUGCUCAAACUCAAUUCAUUAAAUAAUAAAGUUCACACAAAUUCAGUGAAACACAACCUCCAUAUAAAAAAGCAUUGGCAGCAGCAAUAUUACUGCAUCCCUAAAAACAACAUUUAAUUUAAUUUAUUAGAUUUAUGUACCACCCUCCAUCACAAGAUCUCAGGGCGGUUCACAAGAUAAAAGCACAGGUUAAAAACACAAAUAAAUACAGGGUUAAAAUAAAAACAACAAGACAAUAACCCCCUCCCAUAAACACAUUUCAAACACUAGACUAUUAAUCAGCCAAAGGCCUGGUUGAGGAGAAAGGUUUUUGCCUGGUGCCUAAAGAUAUAUAAUGAAGGUGCCAGGUGAACCUUCCUAGGGAGAACAUCCCACAAACGGGGAGCCACUACAGAAAAGGCCCAUUUUUGUGUUGCCACCCUCCAGACCUCCUGUGAAGGAGGCACAUGAGCAUCUGGUAAUCUUUUGUAACACUUCUGAAAUAAGCUGAAACAUUGGCAGGAAACUGACCUUUACUGCUAUGGAGCAAUUGUCUGGACUGCUUUUCUCUGAUGCUUCAGACUGCAAGUAAUAUAGUAAUGAUGACACUCAUGAUUGAUAUUUACAAAUUUCAAUAGGAUAUGUGGAAGAGGACAGUGCCAUAGGUUUGUCAGCCCUAGUUCUAAAUCAUAUUGUAUGAGAUCAAAGGUCCAUGUAGUUCAGCAUCUUGGUUUAUGUUAGUGACCACCCAGAUGCCUUUGGGAAAUCCAGAAGCAGGGACUACAGUACAGUAUUCUCUAAGCAGUUUAUUAUAAUAAAAAUGUUGACCCUAGUUUAUUAAGAGCACUUUGCCUUCCCUAAGUAGUCUCAUUGACGUCACAAACUGAGGAGGAGUCAUCUGCUUUCUUCUGAUAAGUGGCAUCAGCUGGAAGACUUUUGCUAGUUAAGUUCAGCAUGCAUACUGAAGAAUUUGCAGUAUCAGGCUUCAGCGCUCCUUGUUUUAUUUAUAUAUAACAUCUAAGUGAGUUCUUGGUCUUUGGCUCUGAAUUUGUUUAUAAAAAGAUAAACAACAGAGGCAUAAUAAUCAUAUGGUGAGGCUUUCAGACUUGUACUGAAGAUAGACAAUUGUUUGGUUACAGCUAGGAGAAUUUUAACAAUAUUGCUCUUGAUCCUCUUCAAAAUUGGAUAUGUUGAAUGGAACGCAGCUUGUGAAAUUUUAUUUCGGGAAUGCAUCAUCUAGAAACAAGCAAAAGUUUAUUCUUGCUUCAGGAGUAUUUUUUACCCAUAAAUAAAUUUAACUGGUGGAUUAAUUAACUACCCAGCUGCCUUUCUAACCCCAUUUACCUGGGAGUAAGACCAGCGGAAUUCUGUAUGACUUAUUCUGAGUUGCCAUGGUUAGGAUUACACUGCAAGAUUUCUUUAAUUGGAUGACAGUCAACUAUCAUGCUUACAUGAUAUAGUAUAACAGAGUGUCAUAGAUUUGCAGCGCAACGAGCCAAAUUUUAUUAAUGAAAUAAUUUCAAAAGCAAAGCAAUGUCAUCUAGAAUAAUUCCACCAUCAGCAGCAUAGGAAAAAAAUAUACUUAGUUUGAAAAAGUUAUGAAACAACAUUUUGGGAUCAAACCUAAAAUCAUAUGCAUGUUACCAAGUACCUGAUAAGAAUAACUUAUUAAAAUUUAAUGUACCAAAUUAGUUUGUAAAUAAUAAACAUGUAAUUAAUAAUUAGAUAAAAUAAUAAACGGAGCUUAUUUCAUUUCCCUCCCAAUUUUUAACCAUCCAUUGUAUUCCAGAGAGAUAAUGUGGUAGCUGGGACAGGGCAGUUCAUUCGCCAUUUUCUCCCUGCUGAGAUGUGUUGAUAAUGGUUCCAGAAAGUAAUGUCUGAGCAGGCUCCAUUUAAUUGGUUGGAGGGCAUUUUAUCAAGCUUUCCAGUGCUCCUUUAUACCAGGGGUGGCCAAAUCCCAAGAGACUGCGAUCUACUCACAGAAUUAAAAAGAGGCAGUGAUCUACUACAUUUUUGGGGGUUCAGGUUGUUGAGCUUUUUUUUUAGGGAGGAAAGCCCAUUUUUAGGGGUUCAGGUCAAAGUUGUUGAGCUUUUUUAGGGGAGUCAAAGUUGUUGAGCUUCUUUGAGGGGAGCCAGUGAUCUACCAGUGAUCUACUGGUAGAUCACGAUCUACCUGUUGGAUGUGCCUGCUUUAUACCAUUGAGACACCCAGUCAUUGUAUCAAUGUAAGUAUGUGUACAAUGAGUCAGUGAGCCUGGCUGUUAACCAGAAGAGUGGUGGUUGGAGCCUACCCAGGGACAGCUGUGAGCAGAAUUCCUGCACUGCAGGGUGUUGGAAUAGAUGGCCCUCAGGGUCCCUUCCAACUCUACAAUUUUAAGAUUCUACCAGGUCGUUUACAAUGCAUUGCUCUUCCCAGUAUAAAAGGUUUGAAAACAGCCUGUAUGUAUUUGUCAAGCUGUAAUUAAUGGAACUGGUUGAGUGGGAAGAAGUAUUCUAUAGUAAUGAUAGUGGUGUGAGCUUACUGUGAACUUAUUCAUCUACUAAAACCCUUGAGGCAUUGCAACAGCUUGUUGAACACUAGCAUUGCUAUGAUUUCACUUGGUUGCAUAAGUGUCUUGAGAUCACUUUGAUCCUUUCCCAGGGAGCGUAGUACAAUUUUAUCCAUGCCCUAUAAAUACUGUACCUCAGCUUGCACCAGUUUCUUUUGUUAGGAAGGGAAAUACUGUAAUGACUAUGUUUAUGUCUCAUAAAUUAGAGGUUUUCUCUGCAACUAAUCUGAAAAUACACUUAUUAGUGAGGGGCAAUUCAUUACAAUAGAUGUCAGGAAAUCAGAGUAGCCCCCCAUUGGGCAGAAACAUAUGGUAUUAGAGAAGUCAAGAAUUGGUUUAACCUAUUUUAACCUACUUUCUAAUAUUUAUAUAAUUAGGUUUUAGUAAUAAAGUUACUAGUAAUAAAACAAUUGAAUAACAUGAAAUUAAAACUCAUCUAAAAUUUGUACAAAUUUUACAAGGAACUACAAGAAAAUAAAUUCUUAAUGUGACAUAGAAACCUUAUUCAUGUACUGCGCAAUCCUAACAAUUAGUCAGAACUCUCACAAUGUGUAGCUUGGUUUGUAUGAGGUUUUGAGCAGGUUUCUUUUUUGUGUACAGCAGUUGAAACAUUGCAUUGUGGAAUUAUCAGAUCUAGACCAGAUCAGCAUCCUGAUGGAUACCUUCCAUCUCUCGCAGCUUUUGCUAUAUCCAAGGAAGGCAUUGGAAUUUUGAAUACAGUAUAUCUUAAUAUGAGCCUUCUGCAGACUCAUUGACUUACAGACAGAGUUAUUGUCAUGUAAUAAGGAACCAUUCUGGGGUUCUUUAGAAAUUUCAUAAAUAAUACGUUGGAAACAAAGUCUGCUACUUGUUGCUGAAGUGUACCACUAUUCUUAAACUACAGUGGUACCUUGGUUUAUGAACACAAUUGGUUCCGGAAGUCUGUUCAUAAACUGAAGCAUUCAUAAACUGAAGCGAACUUUCCCAUUGAAAGUAAUGGAAAGUGGAUUAAUCCGUUCCAGACAGUCCGCGGAGUAACCGUUCAUAAACUGAAGCGAACUUUUCCAUUGAAAGUAAUGUAAAGUGGAUUAAUCCGUUCCAGACCGGUCCGUGAAGUACUUAAACUGAAGCGUUCAUAAACUGAAACAUGAGUGUAAUUGGUUCCGGAAGUCUGUUCAUAAACUGAAGCGUUCAUAAACUGAAGCGAACUUUCCCAUUAAAAGUAAUGGAAAGUGAAUUAAUCCGUUCCAGAUGGGUCCGCGGCGUUCAUAAACCGAAAAUUCAUAAACCGAGGUGUUCAUAAACCGAGGUUCCACUGUACAGUCAAACCUCGGUUUGCGACCGCCUCCGUUUGCAACCGCCUCCGUUUGCGACCGCUUCGGUUUCCGACCACCGUGGACCCGGAAGUGUUUACAUCCAGGUUCCGCAGCGCUCGGAUGUGCAGAAGCGAUCUGUGCAGCGUGCACAGAAGUGCUAUAUCGGCGCUUUGCGCAGAAGCGUGCAUCGGGGGGGCGACCGAUUCGGGGAGCGAAUCUGCUCCGUGGAACAGAUUGCGGUCGCAAACCAAGGUAGAACUUCAUGUCCACCUAGAUGGAGCCAUUAAACCAGAAACCAUUCUAUACUUUGGCAAGAAAAGGGGAAAACAGCUUCCUGCGGAUACAGUAGAAGGCCUUUUACAAUAUGUUAGCUACAGCGAACCUGUCAGUCUCACAGAGUUCUUAGAAAAAUUUUCUUUCUACAUGCCAGCAAUUGCGGGGGACCGUGAGGCUGUGGAAAGAAUUGCUUAUGAAUUUGUAGAAAUGAAAGCAAAGGAAGGUGUAAUCUAUGUUGAAGCCCGGUACAGCCCUCACCUCCUAGCCAACUGCAAAGUGCAUCCUAUCCCUUGGAACCAAGAAGAGGGAGAUCUAACUCCAGAUGAAGUGGUUAGCCUUGUUAAUCGGGGGUUAAAAGCUGGAGAGAAGGCUUUCAACAUCAAAGCCAGGUCUAUUCUAUGCUGCAUGCGUCACAUGCCAAGCUGGUCACUGGAAGUGGUGGAACUGUGUAAGAAGUAUCAGAAUGAUACAGUGGUGGCUAUAGACUUAGCUGGCGAUGAGUUGAUAAAUGCUGAGACUUACCCAGAUCAUCGGAAGGCUUAUGAGGAAGCUGAAAGAUGUGGCAUUCAUCGAACUGUUCAUGCUGGUGAGGUUGGGUCACCCAAGGUUGUCAAGGAGGCAGUCAACAUCCUAAAGGCAGAGCGAAUUGGUCAUGGCUACCAUGUCUUGGAAGAUGAAAGCCUAUAUAAACAGCUGUUGAAAGAAAAUAUACAUUUUGAGAUCUGCCCUUGGUCUAGUCACCUCACUAGUGCAUGCCAAACCGGCUUCAGUAAUCAUCCAUUAGUAAGGUUUAUGAAAGAUGAAGCAAAUUAUUCCUUGAACACAGAUGAUCCACUCAUUUUCAACUCCACAAUUCACACAGACUACAAAAUAGCUCACAAUUGCAUGGGCUUCACUGAGGAAGAAUUCAAGAGGAUGAACAUAAAUGCUGCCAAGUCUAGCUUCUUGCCAGAGAAAGAAAAAAAGGAGCUUCUCUACAAGCUGUAUGAAGCCUAUGGGAUGGUACAAAGCACAGAGUUCUGAUCCAUAUGAUGCCAUCUACUCGUGACCUCUUUUCCUGACAACUUCAUGGUAGUCGGAGACCUCCAUUUUGUUUCUUUGAAGACAACGCACAAACUUAGUACUGUGUUACUAUCUUGUUUACUAUUACCAUCCACAGUGGGGCAUACAGUAUAUAUAAAGAACAGUAUUCCUACAAUGUUUGUGUUAUAUCUGCCUAGAGCACCCAGAUCCCAUAAAUAAGAUGGGUGCUAUGAGUUUACAUGAGUUUUUUUAGGCUGGAGAUAAUAAUCUUUUCAUAGACUGGAAAGUUUGGAGGAGGGGUUGCUUCUUGUAAUGGCUGAAUUUACCUCUGUUUACCAAAGUGGAAGCAGGUUUUAGAGACUGUAUUAAUUCCAGGACCUAGUUGACCAGAAGCAACAGAGAGACAAAAGAAUGUGUAUAUACAAUGGGAAGCAAAGCAUCUCUCAAACCAUUUUCCUCUCUCUUGAAAGCUAUAACUUAUCUCUGGCCUUACUGAGAUUUCUCUGUAAUUUGUGUUCUGUAUGCCCAUACACUUGAAACAGAGAGAAUCACAACUGAGUUUUUUUCAGAUGUUUAACAUCUUUUAGUGGGGAAUCUCACUUUAUCCCUGGUUUUCUGAUAGUUUGACACAGUCAUUGGCUGGGUUUAUUCCUUCCUUGAUUCUGCUUGGCCUUAAUACCAACUUAAUACUUAUUUAAAUGUCAUCAAAUUCUUUGGAGCUAAUACUUAAAGAAUAGUGGUUCUGAUCCAAGGAUUGUUGAGUGCACCUGGAAGAUAACAGUUCCUACCUAUAUUUCAAGAAUGCUAGGAGCAUGCAUCACUAUCCAGAAGACAGUGUUAAUGGUGAUCACCUUGAAUGACUCUUCUGAGUCAUAUGCAUCUGAUCUGUGCAUAUAGGUCCCAAUAUAGCAAGGGAUCACUUCCGAAUUGGGGCAAAUGACUGUAGUCCAGAUUCAGCAUCUUGCCUUUCCCCAAAUCAGACUUGUCCAAGAUGUCUUAAGCUGUGUAUGUUCAAAGAACAACACAGCACUUUUUAAAAGAUUGAUUUGCAAAAGAAGCAAACUCCUUUAUUCCAGUACACUUGCUGAGACAGCUGCUUCAUCUGCUACCUGCAAUAUUGGAACUGCUGCUCUUUUUAACUGGCAGUUUUGACUAAGCUGUGUUUUAGGUUUUUUCCUUGUCUGUUACCAACAGUAUGGUAAAUUUAGCUAAUGGUGCUAAGUUAUCUGGUAGGUUCUCAACAGCAUGGUACACAAACCAGUUAGUCUGAACUUCUGGAAUUGAACUUCAUGGUAUUUUGAUUCACGCCACCCCCACCUCCAAUCCAUGGGACUGAUUUGACUUAUGCAAAUACUUUGGUUUAACCAAGUUAUGGUCAGUCUGUAAGUAAAUACCUUAAAAACCACAUGUCAGUGGUCUUUUGCAGAAAUUAAAAAUACGGUAUCCAAAUCAAAGUAAUACUGCAUCAUUACCAUGCCAGGAUGCCUCAUCUCACAUACAUUUGUGGGAUUUCUUCUAGUGAUUAUAAUAUUCUAUUUUGCAUCUUUUAGAAAUACUCAUUUGUUGUGGAAUCUUUUAAAAAUAUCCACAAAGUCUCCAUGUAUCUGAGCAUAUCCUUUUGUCCUUGUAUUUCAUUAUAAGGAACCUGGAAGUCUUGUACUUGCAAGGAUAAGACUAAUGUACUAUAGAAUUUGUCUCCUAGACUCACAGAAAUCUUCCAUUCUGGAACUUGAAACUCCCAAAUACAUGUGCUUUGAUCUGAACUUCUAUUCUUUCCAUGAAUAGAACAGAGUUCAUAGAACAGGGAUUUCCUGGUUCUCCCUUCCCUUUGCAUAUUUGUUCCUAGGGACUGGGGAGCCUUGGAUGUGUUGUGAGAUACGUUGUGGGGCUGCAGAUGGAGGAAGGAGUUGGCAAGACUUGCUCCCCUCUUACAUGAACAGAGCAGCAUUUAAAGUGGAUCUUUUAAAUUAUGUAAUUUUAUCAGAUUUCUAGAAAAGUGAUCAGCAUUUGUGAACCUCUAAAGAUGCCUCAAGGUGCUUUUAGUAGUAGAGCAUGAAUAGUUUGUGCAGUGGCUCAACAUAUGUUAAACUACCCAGGUUUUAUUUAUUUUAUCUUUGUGCUUCAUUCAUAAGGACUAGUUGUUGAGGGCACAAACAGAUACUCUAGCAAAAGCACAUCUACUGCAACCACAUGUUUAGCUCCCCUUCCAUAAUGUCUAAUAGAACUUACUGAUUUAAUCACGACACACCAUGUUUCUGUCUCCUUCCAAGUGGCAGCCAACAACAUGAAGUGGCGUGACAUCAGAAUGCAGGUGAGUUCUUCUAGAUGUCAUGGACAGGAGGGUGGUGCCUAAAGCCUCAGCUACCAUUUUCAGUAACAGCUGUGCACUUGAUAUAAAUCUGGCUUGGCCCAGAGACACAUGUCUUCAACCACACAAAGUGAAUUCACACAAUCGUUGUUUUUUCUAUCGACAGAGCAGGAUUUCUUAGUUUAACAUUUCUGGACUGAAGUACUUGUGAACAUGGCUGGCGCACAAUCUGAAUGUAUAUUAAACUGUUCACAACAAAUGGAGGUCUAUUGUAGGCUUCUACCCUGAGCUGAAAAUGAGACUUGAGGCCCUUUAUAAAAUGAACAUAUCUUUAUGCUUUUUAAAAAAUGAAAAAAAUCUAUAUCAAGGAGCUGGACUUGCUUUAAACACUGUUUCUUUGUGAGCAGAAAGCUCUUCACAGAGCCCUUUGUCUGUUCAAGCUUAUCACCAAGUAGCUCUUGACAUUGCUGGGACUAGUGGUCCUUUUCUGUCUUAAGUGUGGCCAUGAAGUAUUAGUUUUGUAGGACAUAGGAAUGACACACAUCUUUGCUUUCAUCACAAUGCAAGCAGGGCUUAUUCCUAUCAGGUGUAUCUAGCACCAGAGAUAACAAGUGGUACAGUACAUGCAAGCCUGAGUCUGCAUGACCCAGAGCCUGUCUAUCACUGUAUUUCUGAUGCUGUACGACUAAUUCUUCUAUAUAAUAGUGAUAUUGGCUUAGGUUUAAAAUGUUUUUUAAAGUUCAUAAACACAGCGAAGGAAAUCAUCCAAUGCCAUAUUUCAGUGGUUAUAUAGGCUGGUAUUGCAAAGCUUCAGACACCAAAAAUAUGCCUCUGAUGAAUGGCUUUGACAUCACUUGGUCGCAUGUGAAAAAGAGACAGCGUUGCAUAGCACUUGUAUCCGAAAAUAAGUUCUGAAUGUAAACUAUAAUGUCUUAUGUAUAACCUGAAAUAUAUAUAUAGGAAUUAUUUUGUUAUUUUUAUAAUGUCAAUGAAAAGUUAUCCUUAUAAAUUUUUCUUAUGUUGUUCACAUCCUGAAGAACAAAGGAGAAUUUUUAUUUUGGUUUAAUGAAAUAAAUUCCAUUUUAACUAUA